AUGGAAGGAUCUAAUGAUGAAGAGGAAGAUGAUGAUUUCGAUGAUGAUUCUGAAGGAUUUAGUGGUGGUGGACUGCUUAUACAGUCGGAGAUGCAACAUGGUUCGAUGAAUAUGGUGGCAUGUGCUCAGAAUGUGAAUGGGGUUGCAAUCAGUGGACCUGAAGAGUAUUUGGCUAUGGCUUCUUUCCCAUGUUUAUUUUACUUGCAUAUGAACCAUUUGAUAAAAUGCCUGAAUGAAAUUGUUUCAACUUAUGAACCAUCUGUGAUUGAUAAUGAACAAGAUGCUAUCAAGAUGAGGAUGAUAAUGGAUGCAGUUUUCAAUGUGAUUGUUCUGAUGUUUAUUGCUGCAAUUAUUAAGUUUAUUUGGAAUGUUGCAUUUGUGUGUAGAUCUGUUAACAUCAAUUUCUGUACUUUUGGUGGCUCAGCAGCUUCGAUUGUUUUUUUGGGAAAAACAUUUGCUUUCAUUUUGUGAAUAUUAGAGUCCCUUAUCAAUGGACCUGAGAAAGUUUCAAGGAAGACCGGCUAUGACAGGUAGGGAUGAGCAUCGCAACCGGGUACCCGCUUUUGGAACCGGAACUGCCUCGGAACUAUCGGUUCCGGAACCGGAACUGCCUUAAGCGGUUCCGGUUCCGGUUCCUAAAGUUAUGGAACCGCCUUAAGCGGUUCCGGUUCCGGUUCUCAUUUUUUCGGAACCGCUACCCGCUGGGUACCCGCCGAAACUGGUUAUAUAUAUAUAUAUAUAUAUAUAUACACACACACACAGCACACACAUUUUUUCCGUACUUGAUCGGCAAAUAUAAAAUAAACAAAGUAUCUACUUUAAAGCCUUAACAUUACCAAAGCAUAUUGUUGUAGUUUGAUAUUAAAAAAAUGUGUAGUAUUAUUUAGACCGGUUUAGAAUAUAUUUGUCUAAUUUUAUCUGUCGUUGGUUCAAAUUGUUUCGAUUUAGACCGAACUAAAUUGCGGUUUUUAUUGACAAAAGUAAACAAAUAUUGAAGUAACCGGGUUACCCGGCCUUGGAACCGGACCGCCGGUUCCGGGACUGGUUCCAAAAAUUUAAGAACUGCCUUGACCGGUUCCGGUUCUAACUUUCUAUGAACCGCCGGUUCCGGUUCUGAUUCCGGUUUUCGCAAAAUGAGGCGGAUACCCGCCUAUGCUCAUCGCUAAUGGCAGGUCACCUACGAUCCUUGUGCUUCUGCCAACCAGAGAAUUAGCAAAGCAACUGUCUUAUCAUUUGGUUGCUUCCCUUACUUUCCAAAAAUGGUAUUAUCUUGAAAUCUUAUAUUGUCAUUUACAAAUUGCAUGCCAGCUGUUUGUUUUUAUGCUUCAAAGAGAAAGGUCAUUGGUUUACAACUUUUUUUUCUCAAUAUGACGUUUCAUUUCUGUUUUCACUAUUGUUUUGUUUCUAUUUACUUGAAAUUGACCAAUUUUCUUUAUGUAAUUAAGAGUGUUUACUUCAAAUUGACCAAUUUCACUUUAUGGUGUGAUGUUCAUGUAAUUGGGUGUUCAUAGAAUCAAAAGGAUAUAUGUAAUUUUAUAAAACAAAGUUCAUACAAAUUAUAUUGCCUAUAAUUCUGAUCAAUUUGUUUCUCACAAGGGUAAAGGGGUGUUGGAUCGAACCGUAAUACCAAGUGUUAAUGUCAAAAUAAAUGAGAAACAUAUAUGCCAUUUUUACCCUCCACGUUAUUGAUGUUGUUUAUUAUGUAAGUUGUUGCAUUAUGCAUGAUUUUGUGUUUUAAAACAGACAUGUAUCUCAUACAGGUAAGUAGCGCAUGAAUAUUCGGAUAGAAUUUUUUGUUUCACUCAUGUAAGGUCUUAAUUUUUCAUCUUUUUGAGUUGUUGAGGAAUGUGAUUUUGUUUUUCCCUAAAAAAAUUAAUUUGACAGAUUUCGUUUGUUUGUCUAUGUCAAAUCUAGCAUUUGGGUUUUUAGUUCUAACCCUUUGUUUUAUAAAUAAAGCCAAAUGAACUUAAGUUCAAGGAAGAAAAGUACCAUUUUUCAUCACAAGGUUUAAAUUUAAGUUUGUCACUUUAUCAAAUUGGACGAAUUUGCCCUUGUAGUUGAUUUUAAUGCUACCUGAUGACGAUUUCAAGUUUUUGGACAAAACUACCCUUGCUUCAGGUUUGAUGUCUUGUGUAUCUAUUUGGAUAGAGUGUAAUAUGGUAUUUUGGCUUACAUUGGACGAUUUUACCUCCCAUGUUGAUAUUACUAUUUCUGAUGGGGUUUCUUUUGUCACAAUAUGCCAACUUCUUUAUCAAGUUUUUUUUUUUUUCAAAAAACUUUGAUCGACUUACUGGAAACUUUUUACCAAUAUAGACAAUGUAUUUUACUUUUCACCCAUACUUACAUUUCUUUGUCUAUAAUAACAACUUACUUACCAACAAUGGGAAUAUGUAACAGUCGCUUAUAUCAGCUUAUGUUAUUACUUUUACAACUAUGACAUUGACAAGGAAAAAAACUCAACUUAAUUUCAAUUUUACACGUCUUAGAGAAAAAGAUGAAUUUUUUUCUUUUCUUUAAUUAUAUUUUGUUUUGAUGGAAAUCUUGGGAAGCAACGCAAGUACAUUGUCAUUUUCACACAUUCUUUAUUGAUUAUAUUUUAUUAUUACUGACAAACUUCAUAUGUGUGUGUCAAUGUCACUUGUAGGCGGCAUGUAGAAACGCACCAGAAAGAAGUGAGGCGAAGAGAGGUUUGGUCUCUAGCGAAUUUACUUUGACUUUUAUUUUUAUUUUUUACAAAAAAAUUUAUUAUUCGUCUACAUUGUACUGAAAUUGUAAUUUAAGUGGUGUUGGAUCAAUCGGAAAACAAAGAGGUUGUGAGGUUACAUACACAUUAUUGAAUCAAUGGUUUUAUUUGCUCAUUCAUAACUGCAAAGGG